CUCACUUCAGCACAGACAACAACAAACUUCAUUCGGCUGGCUUUUGGCGAUUAGCUAACAGCCAUGGCAUUCGUUAUGAAGGUUGUCUUCCUGACAGCGCUAGCCUACAGCGCUAGUGCUGGAAUCAUAUCAGGAGAACAUCAUGGGCCUCUGCAUCAUGAUCAUGACUCGUACGCCGCAUCAGCCCUGCUGGCACCAUCGGCAAGAUACGGUGUCCCCCAACAUCACGCCGGCCCCAUCGUGGAGCAUCCCCCAGUGAUCGGACCCCCCCUCCAGGGCGCGCACCCCAUCUACCACGGUGACAUCGUCGAGCAGCACAGAUACGGCAGCGGCCCCAUCAUCAGCGGCCCAGCUCUCGGUGGACCCCUUCCCAGCGGCCCCAUCCUCAGCGGACCGGGACCCAUCAGCAGUGGACCGAUCAUCAGCGGUCCCGGCCAGAUUCAACUGAGUGGACCAGGACCACUCGUUUCCGGACCAGGCCCACUCGUAUCCGGCCCAGGCCAACUCAUCGGCGGCCCAGGACCACUCGUCUCAGGACCGGGCCCACUCGUAUCCGGCCCAGGCCAACUCAUCGGCGGCCCAGGUCCACUCGUAUCCGGCCCAGGCCCACUCGUCGGCAGCCCAGGCCUAGUUAGCGGACCCGGCGGCGCCAUCAUCGGCGGCGGAGCUAUCGGCGGUGGACUCAUCGGUGGACCGGGUGGUCCAAUUCUCGCCGGCCCCGGCCUCGGCCCCAACGGCCUCCCGAUCGGCCCCGACGGCACCGCCAUCCUCCCCGGCCCAGGCGGCAUCGCAGUAGGCGGCGGCGUCGGUGUAGGCGGCGGCGUCGGUGUAGGCGGAGCCUCGCGGUACGAGCUGCAGCGCGUCAUCCAGCACAUCAUCCGCCGCAUCCCCUACGAGGUCCAGCGCCACGUGCAAGUGCCCGUGCCUCAGCCCGUGCCCGUGCCCGUGCCGCAGGAGGUGCGCGUGCCCGUGCCCCAGCCCUACCCCGUCAACGUCGACGUCGUCAAACACGUUCCCUACCCCGUCGUCAAGACCCAGCACGUCGAAGUCGAGAGGCCUGUUCCCGUUGAAGUCGUGAAGCACGUGCCCGUUGAGGUCAUCAGACACGUCCACGUGCCCGUCGAAAGGCACGUCGAAGUCAUCAAGAAAGUGCACGUGCCCGUCGAGAAGCACGUCGAAGUGCCCGUGCCCGUGUGGAAGCCCUACCCCAUCCACCUCAUCAAGCACGUCACCCACUACCAGAAGAAGGGCUGCUGCGGCUGGUGAAACCCAAAAAGUCAUGAUUGUA